AUGCUGAAAGGUUUAAGAUUCCCAGACAACAUGAUUUCCUGGAUUAUGGAGUGCAUCUCUACCCCAAAAUUUUCCAUAUCUAUAAAUGGUACUCCUCAUGGGUAUUUCCAAGGUGCUAGGGGGUUGAGGCAGGGAGAUCCCUUAUCACCUUAUUUGUUUGUUAUUGGAAUGGAAUAUCUGUCUAGGAAAUUAAACACUCUCAAGGGGGACAGGCUCUACAGGUUUCAUCCUAAGUGUUCAAGAUUAAAAAUAACUCAUCUAGCUUUUGCGGAUGAUCUUCUUCUUUUUGGCAGAGCUGAUAUGAAUACAAUAUCAAGACUAAGGGAUUGUCUAGCUGAAUUCAGUAAAACAUCUGGCCUUGAAGCUAACCCAUCCAAGUGUUCCAUAUUCAUGAGUGGAGUAGAUGAUAAUCUGAAGAACCAAAUCUGCAAUCUUCUCAACUUCACUGAGGGUACUAUGCCUUUGAAAUAUCUGGGACUACCCCUGAUAGCUAAAAGACUCUCUUGGAUGGACUGCUCUCCCCUUAUUAAUAAGAUUUCAGACCAAUUUAAUAAUUGGCUCAAGAGAAGAUCCCUCUCGUAUGCUGGCAGGUUACAAUUGAUUAAAACAGUGAUUAUGGGAAUACAAAACUACUGGACCAGUAACUACAUACUCCCUAUCAAAGUUCUUCAGAAAAUAGAUAAAAUGUGCUCAGAUUUCUUGUGGGGGCAUAAAAUUCAUCUGGUGAGCUGGGGUUCUAUAUGUCAGGAAACUGAACAUGGGGGUCUUGGAAUAUACUCUGCUGUGCAUUGGAAUUAUACUAUGGCGGCCAAACUUCUUUGGAUGAUUCAUCUCAAGAAGGAUAUUCUUUGGAUUAAGUGGAUUCAUGGUCACUAUCUAAGACAGCAUUCUAUCUGGCAAGUCCAACCAAGGAAGAAUGAUUCAUGGCAGUGGAAGCAGCUUCUAAGAGUGAGGAAUUUGCUGAUUGAUAAAUUUGGUAGUGUGAAUAAUCUCCAGAAUGUCAUCAGGGAUAGCUGUGCUAAUGAUAAAAUCAAAGUCUCAGUGCUGUGUAGGAGAAUUUUUCAGUACUCAAACCUGGCUACGUGGUCAAGGACUGUUUGGGGUGGAUGGAAUCUACCUAAACAUUCAUUUAUUCUCUGGGAGGUUGAGUCUAUCAUUAUGAGAUUCUGGUGGGGAUCAACUUCUGAUGAGAGGAAGAUUCACUGGGUCAGGUGGCAAAAGGGGAAGUACUUCAGGGACUCAGACUUCCUUUCAGCUAUUGUCGGCCUUGACUGUGGAUCGGGAGGACAUUUCACUUAUCCCACUACCCCUCCUCCUGUUCCUGACAGACUCAUUUGGCAUUAUGAGGAGAAGGGUGCUACACAGUCAAGAGCGGGUUCUGAUACUACUUCCACCUUGGAUUCUAGGGUGGCAAAGUGGUGGUCCUUAAUCUGGCAGGCGGUGAUCCCACCGAAGAUUAGAGUGUUCCUUUGGCGCCUGUUCUAUGAUGCUCUCCCCACCUUAGUCGGUUUAUCUUGCAAGGGGAUCUCUGUGUCCCCUAGUUACUUCCUUUGCUCUGCUGCCUUUGAGACUACCCUUCAUAUCUUCACUGUCUGCUCCUUUGCUCGUUUGGCGUGGGAGUCCUUAGAUCUUUGGGAAGUGAUUGAUGGCUUUCGAGAAGGAGAUAUUAUUAGAUUGGGAGGUGUUGUUCGGGAUCACCAUGGGCAUGUGAUUGGUGGCUACUCUAUGGAGCUCAGGGGUCCUAUAUAUGAAGUUCGCGUUGGUUUGUUUGCUAUUGGCUGCUCUAAAGUUUCUUAUGUAAGGUGUACUGGUAAUGAUGUUGCUCAUGCCCUAGCAAAGUCGGUUGACUGUCUGUCCUCUUAUUUUUGGUUAGUUCGUGUCCCUCUGUUUUUGAAACAGAGUGUUGUUGAGGACUUGGCUGGUUAG